CAGGGUCCAGAGAGACCGGAUAUAGUGAAUGCGGGGUCUGGGGAGACCAGAUAUAGUGAAUGCAGGGUCCAGGGAGAGAGGAUAUAGUGACUGCAGGGUCCAGGGAGAGCAGAUAUAGAGAAUGCGGGGUCCGGGGAGACCGGAUAUAGUGAAUGCGGGGUCCUGGGAGAGCAGAUAUAGUGAAUGAGGGGUCCUGGGAGAGCGGAUAUAGUGAAUGCAGGGUCCGGGGAGAGCGGAUAUAGUGGAUGCAGGGGUCCAGGGAGAGCAGAUAUAGUGAAUGCAGGGUCUGGGAGAGAGGAUAUAGUGAAUGCAGGGUCCGGGGAGAGCAGAUACAGUGAAUGCAGGGUCCGGGGAGAGCGGAUAUAGUGAAUGCAGGGUCCGGGGAGAGCGGAUAUAGUGAAUGCGGGGUCCAGGGAGAGCAGAUAUAGUGAAUACAGGGUCUGGGGAGAGAGGA